UACGUAGGUAGGUAUAGGCAGUAUAGAUAUUAAUCGAAGUAAACUAAACAAACGUAAUUUUUAUUAUUAAUAAUUGUUCUACGUACAUAUAGGUACCUACUUACAUCUGUUUUGUGUAAAUUGAAACUGAACACCUGCAACCUUCAUCAGAAAAAUCUAACCUUGAGAUUGAACGCGAUAUCGUGAACUAAGUUUAUCGUUAUUUAGUUCUGUGUGAAGUGUUAAACUAAUUUAUUUUAUCACCGUUUUAAUUUUGGAAUUUAUAUUUUGUUUUAGGAAAGUGUAAUGAAAAUUUUAUUAAUCGGUUAAAUAUGGAGUAAAAAUUCUGAAAAAAACAUUUAUAUAAUCGUAAAAAUAUAUUUUUUUUUCUAUGAAAAGAUAAAAAUAAUUUUAAAAUUGUCACUGGCCACAUCGACGUCGAUCGCCAUUGGUAACCGUUAUGUCAACAAAACUUUUUUGUUUACAAAUGGCUAAUGGCGACAAAUUUGAAGUUGUGCCGCGUUCGUGCUUCUAAAUAAUACGUUUAGUAUUAAUUUAGCAAUAAAAGUGUUCUACAAAUAUGGGAAAUUGUUGGGCAGGAUUAUUCCGCCGGCGUAAUAUUCGGAGACACAUAGUUUUAAUACUGAUCGGGUUGGACAACGCGGGGAAAACUAAAACCGUGAACAAUUUGGCUGGUGAAAAGGAUGAUAAAGUUCUACCAACUGUUGGAUUUAAGGCUGUUAAUUUAGUGCAUAAAGACACGCCUGUCACCAUUUACGAUUUAGGCGGGGGUCCGCAUUUUCGUCAGAUAUGGUCUCAAUAUUAUAGCGAGGUCCAUGGUGUUAUUUUCGUAAUAGAUUCUAGUGAUUUUUCCCGCUUGGACGAAUGUAGGGCUGUAUUGGAAGAGGUAUUAUCUCACGACAAGAUAUCAGGCAAGCCAGUGUUAGUGUUAGCCAAUAAACAAGACAAGUCGGGGGCGCUAGACGAUAUUGAUGUAGUUGAAAAAUUGAACAUUGAACCAUUGGUCAACAAAUAUAGAUGUCCAACCCUAGUGGAAUCCUACAGUGCAUUCGUCGAUACGAAAUCGAAAAAGGUAAAAAUCGACCCGGGCCUUCGCAAAGGUUAUCAAUGGCUACUGAACUAUAUCGUUCGGCGAUACGGCGAUAUAAAUCUACGUGUGCAAACAGACAUACACGCAGACCUGGAGCGACGAAAGCGAAUGCUCAACAAAAACUCUAAUAUAGCUUCCCAAACGUUCACCGCUGUCAGUGAUGAUAUAGCGACGCAAACGGGCUUCGAGAACCCCAACUAUACCGUUGAGGACCGAAAAGAAGCCUUAGACAAAGGCGUUAUUGUUGUCAAACCUGUGACUCACAACCCUAACAGCGUCGACACCACUUUGACCAUCGAGAGUGUUGAAGAUUCUGACAAUACUAGUGUAAAGCCCAAACUCUCCCCGCUCUUUGGGAGGGCCAGUAAUAGUUCUGUGACGGAGACCGUGAGAAUAGAGCUGGAGCCGAGGAGUGAGUUUAGAAAAUUGUCGCCAAUCGUGAGGAAUAGUGGUGCAAAUCAUAUAGAUUUCAAGAAUAGACCGCAGUCUAGUCCUACCUUUAAGAAAAAUAAGUCGAGUUCACUAAGCAAAAACUCCUCGCUCGAUGGGGACGUGAAGAUUCAGCCGCGAGACGUUACCACGUACCUCGGCGACGGGAACCGAACCUGGGACGUGACGGAGUCGAAACACCGCGUGCUAGUCAACGACGCGGAGUUAUCUCAAAUGCACAGGGAAAUUGUGUUGACCGAACGAGAUUACACCAGCAAAACCGCAUCGUCGGAGGUGACCCUGCAAGCGUCGACGUUACCCCUCGCCGUCAGACCAGCGUCCGCUUCGCAACUUGUGAGGCGACAACUGGAGUUAACUACUCAUCACAAGCGCAGGCUCAGUCUUAGAUACAUGCAACGCAAUAAGACGAGUCCGGAACGCAUGUCCAUGCUGGUAUUCGAACCUAAGGCGCCGCGUCGCCACGACAAGGGGGACUUUGACCACGCCGCCGCUGCCAACUAGCAAUAGAUCUGGCAGCAUGGCGAGGUGUAUGUCGCGGCUCUGCGUCGUGCGCGCGUAUGUCGACUGGCGGCGCUCAUUCUGCG